AUGGGAUUAAAGAAGCGUAUUCUGUUUUCUUUACUCGUUGGCAUAGCACAGGUCUCUGUGGCUGGAUCCAUCGACUACUUUGAGGAUGCCUCGGUUUGUGCGGAUCCAAAUGGCCUAGCCAAGUGCUAUGACGGUGAAAAUACGAGAUACGUCGAAUGCAUCAAUGAAAGCUGCCCGAAUAGUCUUACUUGCCUCGCGGCUUGCGAUGGUGAUGAGAGGUGUAUAUCUCAAAAAUGCCCGAGUGAUGACGCUGACUGCAUUUAUAAUUGUGCAUGCAAAAGAGCUGGACAUGAAAUCAGUUGCCUCGCAUCUAGCUGCUGGAAUCAGAUCUACUCUUGUGAAUAUCAAAAGGCUGCCAAUGAUCUCAUUCAACUUUGUGAGAAGCCGCACCUCGACGACAUUCCCUUCUGGCCACCCCCGGAUAAUGCGCCCGGAGGAUGCUCCUGCAAUAUCGCGAAAAUCUUCAAGCAGCAGAUCCAAGUAUCAGACCAGUUGACGAAAUGCGGGAACAACAAGACCAACAUCGACAAGAUUGGAGACGAUGUAAAUGAUAGCAUAGACUAUUCUCGGGCCUGCAUUUGCUGUGCAGAAAGCGCCAUGAUGUCAAAGAUCUAUGAUACAUGUCCGAAUACUGAACCUUCGAUUAUUGGUGCCGACAACUGGUUCGGAAAAUUCUUUGAGCAAAACCAAUGGGCUCAAUGUGGUGAAUACCUCGACAAGCAUGAUUGUGCAGGAGAUUUGGGAUAUGGGGCCAAGGACGCUGGUGAUACUCACAGAUUCUAUAAGCCUGGUCAGUUCCCGCAGAGUGGCGCUGAGACUCUAUCCAACACCAAAGGUAUUAUCUCUACGCCCAUUGGCAGGGAGGCCACAUUUACAUGGACAUAUGGUUCAGAUGUAUACACUGUCACUGCUACGACGGGUCCUGUCACGGAGACGAUUAGUAGCUCAAGUGCUAGUGCUACUGCUACUGAGACCAGGACCGAAACCAGCCGUAACGAGACUUUAAGCACAGCUGCGAGCACAGCUGCGACCAGUACGCAGACUGGGAUCGGCAACCCU